AUGGAGCAGAUGCGAAUAUCGUGGUCUGAUCCAUGGCAAGUCACCUAUAGCUCUAGUGGUGCUGUGUUAGCUGUCCAGAAUCUCAGUUGCCAGAGUCGAUCACCAGAGGUUUCAGAAUUUCUUUGCUUAAAUGCAGACCGCUGUGACCUGGGAGAUGACUCGGUGCCGCUCAGCAGCCAGGCCCUCGCAUCCCUGCCUCGUGCACGCGGCGAUUUGCUAGGGAAUGAGUCGUUCAAAGCCUACACAAUUCGUGUAUGCUUAUGCCCAAUUGUCGGAAACUGCUUGCAGCCGGAGUUUUUUGUUCAGGAAGUUGGCAUCGUACACUUUUUUGCUGCAUAUCUUUGCUUACACCCCGGCGAUGCCGAAUCUGAAGAUAGAUGUCUGGGGUCAUUCUCUGCGGCCGCUGCGUUCUAUCCCAUUCAGAUACACGUGCAUUGCCCUUCAGAUGUUUGCAAGUUGGUGCCAGACACGGCUGGGUCACGCCUGAAGCUCACAUCGCCAUCGCCGGACAAUUUUCGCCCAAGCUGGGAUCCUACCACGGGUUGCCGCACGGCUUUUCAGACGCCUUUGCAGACGCAGCCAGCCAACUGCAUAGAUCCGUCCUACUGCGUUCUGUCAGGGGGCACGCGCGAAGACUUGAAGAGCUUUGGUGGAGGACCAGAGGGUCCCUUUCAGUUUCUUGGUGAUCGACCUUUGCACGGACGAAGAACUUUCCACUCGGCGGUUUCCUUCGACAUCUGCUUCUGCCUGUCUGACUGCAGAAGUACGUUAACUGUUCCAAGCUACUUCAAGGUGGGUGAAAUGUCCAUUGUUCCCCUGCGCUUGCUCGGCCCGAGCCUUCUGCUGCAAGUUCCUCGGAGAGUCGGUGUGUUGCGACUUCAAAGGGUGGAGGCGGACAUCAUUUCGUUUCAGCCACCUCCUCAGUCCGUUCCACCAGCCGGUACAGAGGAAGCCUACGUGAAGCUGUUGGCAGAUGAUGCUCAUCAGGUGCAUGAUCGAGAGUGUGGUCUUAUGCCGUAUGCCUCAUACAUCAACCAGUCCUCACCUGAAUUCCACCUCCUCUCAAUCUCCAGCAACGACUUCGCUCAGCUGGACGAGGCCGACGGGGCUGUCGAGGCCGUGAUUCGCGCAAGAUUUCGGGGCGAGCCAGAUUUGGCCAACACAUCGCACUUGGUCUUCAACGAAAGCUUGAUGUUCCUGCGACCCGGCCGCGUGGCUGUUUGCUAUUGCGGAGUCGACGUAGCAGGAGCUUGUCGGCCUUCCUUCUGGAGGUUGUUGACGCAUUUGACUGUGCGAGGCCCCAAGCUGUUGCGUGACCUGGCCCCCUAUCAACGCUGGACUGUAAGCCCGGAUGUCGUUUUCAGUUUGGAGCUUCUUGGCUGGGGUCUUGUUGCCACCGAUCAGAUCUUGAUCCUGCAGCCGGGUGCAUCUUGUGUUGACGAUGUGCCAAGCAUUGAAGACUCCAUUCUUCGGAGCUGUCCCAGGAACUGCAGCAGGUUUCAUGAUGGAAGCAAUGGCAGCACACCAGGUGUAGCACUUCACGUUCUGAGUGACAGUAGUGUGCCUUGUGGUGGAGCGGCUGAAGACCUUGGGCUCUGCCCGCACGUGUUUGUGGAGGCGGUGGAAGUUCGCGCGAACGGUGAGACGAGCGAAGCUUUCCUUUCCUUCAGCUCCUCACCGGGUCUGAUGACGGGAGACAUUGUGAGCCUGGGAAACCAGCUGGCCUGCUCGGCGGAAAGCUUGGAAAGCGGCACAUGCAGUGUCGAAGACGAGGAGGAACUUCGAGGCGUCCUCACGGCCGCAGGAUCUUCGAGCGGAGCUGGUGACCCUUCUUUCAGCACAUUCUCUGGUGAUUCACAUUACCUUGUGGGAAGGACAGUCACAUCCACUCCGGACAAGCAGACGUUCGCGAUUGAUGUCACGUGGCCAUCUGCGCGGCUGCCUGUUUUCGAGGUCCUUGGUGCUGGGCAGUGGACUCGGCACAGCCGAGCUGAAACAGCCAGGGAGCUUCGGGCGACGCACGCAGCAAGCGAGUUGCCGGUUUGCUGGAAACCCUGGAAUGGACCUCCCGUGAUGGCUGGAAGCCUGAGCGUGGAGGAGCCAGCCGAAGCGGAAUGUCAGAUUUUCCUGACGGCGACUGGAAGACACCAGGCAGCACCAGUCCUCAUCACCUACAAGACGGGAGAUCUCGUCUUGGACGGCUCUGUCAACCAGAUGCGUCUGGAGUUUCCUGCUGCAUCAUUGCUUGGCCUUCGAAGAGCAACAGACGAAACUGAUGUGAUGGACGAGCUUGCUGGUGACACUUCAGCCGAGGGGGCGAAGCAGGCUUGGUGCGGCUUUCUCCUGAAGGAGAUAGCAUCAGAUGGCGUGGAUGGCUUUCCACUGCCGCAUGGGUGCUAUUUACAGCGUCCGACUGCAGACUCAUGGGUUUUCGGGCUGGUAUUCCGCCCCGGCGUCCUGCUGAAGCCACAGCAACGAUAUCAUCUAGUUGUGAAUGCUGUGAUCGGUGAACUGGCAGAGCAAGGGGAUGAGGUGCUUCGAAUUCUUGUCAUGGAUGACGUGGAGCUGAAGCCUUUCCAUGUAGUGGAGCGAGGACGCUGCAUUCUGCGCAGCAGCCCUCAAGUGCCCGCCACCACUGCCGGUGAGCCAGACCUGCAGAACUGUGCAAUCCUUGGGGGCACGAAUGGAAUACUGGACUUGGGAUCAGAACUGGCAACGUUGCGCUUGAAGCUGCAAGCGGGCACUGCCCUUCGUGCAAUCACAGCCUCCAGCCACCUUCGACUGUUUCUAUGGCCCCUGCUGGGAUGGCACCUGCGCACGGGCACCUGCGAUGCCACUUGCAGCGAUCACACUGGCUACUGUGGCGUGGUUACCAGGAUGGACUGCACCACUUUCUCAGUGAGCUCCAGUUGGCCUCGGCCCAAUGCCGUAAGGAUAACUCUGCCCAGUGAUCUGGGCGACAUGUACGGCGGCGUGCAGAGCAUCUUCGAGGUCUUUAAUCUGGCCCCACCUGCUGGAGGGCUCUUUCCUGGGCGCUGUGGCGUGCAGGUCACCUUGCCUAGUGAUGCGGCUCCAUCCUACCGUGCUACCUCUGGUGACUUCAUCUACAGGAGACCCACUGCCGUUGCUGGCUUGCUUAGCACCGCUGGAAAUGAGAGACCGUUCCAAGCGCAAGAAGGUAAUACGCUGUAUGUGAAGAUACGCUUGGGAGCAACUUUGCUCAGUGAGUUGACAGACUUUGCUGCAACGCUGGAAGUCCAGCCGCCUUGGGGCUACAGAUGUUCAGCAGCGGAAGUCCCGGAAGCCCUUCCGAGCCUCGUGGAAGGAGGAAGCCUCCUUGGCAGUCUCCAGGAAGAUGGCUGGAGCAGCGGAUCGCAAAGCUGCUUCUUCAACCUCCGAGCAGGAUUCGCCAUUUUCGCAGGCACCGCCUUCAUGGUGCGCCUGAAGGUCAACAACCCAGUCGUGCCGCUUCCACGUGAUGAUCCACUCAACGCCUGGCAUCUGGGAAUGGAGUCGAUGGGCUCCUCGCUGUCCCGACGCAAGUUCAAUGCAUCAGAGGCAUUCUCCGAGUCGCUUGUAUUCGGGGAAAACUAUACUUCCUCGGUAGCAGUCUUGGGCCGGCUGACUGCAGUGUCCCUGCAGCCGCAGGGGUAUCAGCCUGCACCUUCUGCAUCCAUAUCUGGCUCUGGCACCGGCACAGUCAGCACGGUGAUCCAUGUUUUCUUCAGGACGGCACAGAUGCUCGUUGCAGGUGGCAAAGUGCUACUCCAAGCACCCUCUGGCUACGAUUUUGGUGCGGUGUGUCAAGUUUCUGACCUUCCAAAGGAUGGUCACCACAGUCACUACUAUUCCAUUGGGGGAGACCACGUGACGCGGCGCCUUCCGUUUGUGGUUUGCGCAGGACAGCAAACUUUCAACUCCGGCUUUGACUUGGCACUGGUCCAACUGAGCACGCGCCUUUUUGCCGAGGAGAUGUAUGGAUGGCAAAUUCUGGUUGACCCUCCAAGACUCAGUUCUACAUUAGAUGGUGACUGGCUGAUUUUUACAGAGGCGUCAGGCCAGAUCGAUGGGGCAACUGUUUCGUCAGGCACACAUGGUGGUUCAUACAUUUCAUACCAACUAUACUACCGGUCUCUGGCCUCCAUGCAAUUCCACGUCUCCGACCUGAAGCCGCAAGAACUUACUGGCAAGGAAGCAAUACUGCAUCUUUUGUUCCGUCUCGGGGGCAUCGUUCUCAACAGUGUGCUGAGAGUGACUUUGCCAAUCGGAUUCAUCUUCAACUUCCCUGACGCGAGUUUCAUAGCUACGGCAGGAAAUGCCUCGCACAUCCCAUCGCUUGAGGAGGCGCUUCAGGUGCCAGGUGCCACGAUUGACUGGCCUGCAGGACUGCCUCAGCAAGCGCUGAACGUUCUAACUUUUUCUAGCGCCUCCUAUCACCCGUUGGAAACGUAUGGUUUCUUGGCACCAGUUGCAGUUCCGUCGAGAAGCCCUACAGAGUCUACCAAUUCCUUCAUCUUGGAAGUGGGCUAUGAUGAAGAAGUGCUGAGUGCAAGCUGGGACCUCGUGCGAACCACUGGAUGUGCUUCCGAUUGCCAAGCGUCAUCUUCCGAGACUCCAUUCCAGUACUCACAGUCACUGGCUGAUGCAAGUGCGCUGCAGCAGUUGCGCGAAACCUGCCGUGAAGCCUGUCUGCUUCGACAUGGUUGUGCUGAGAUAGAGAUUACCUUCGCAAGUUUGGAUGCCACCUGCUCCCUAUGCUCCUACAUGUCAUGCGAACGGGUUGAGAGAUUUGACGCAGAGCUCCACGUGCUGGUGUCUCUGACUCGGCCCGCGGCUUCUAUACAGGCAGCUCCUCUGGUUCGCGCGCUUCUUGAUGCCGAGGUGUCCUUUCGCACCCAGCGUGUGGCUGCGGUGAGCGUGGUGCGCUUUCGUAUCCGUCUUGUCACGGCUGUACCAGCUCCACGGGGUGCUUUGCUCAUUCAAGGUCCAGAGGGCUUCUUCUUCUCUGAGCAGUGCCAGCCUGUCGAUGUGCCUCCUGAGACCCCGGACAGUCUUGUGAUACGAAGCAUAGGCGAUGGAAGGAUUGGCUGCACUUUCUUUCGCCUUGCUGGUAUUCCUCGCAUUCAGUUGCAGCCUGGAGCUUCCGAUCUCCUGCCCGGGCUUUAUCUCUUCGAGCUUCCAGUGCAAAACCCGGUUGCACUUGGCACCGAAACUGAAUUGAAUGCCCAGUGUGGAGCUUUGCAAUGUUGGUCCUUCACGGCUGUGGAGGAUGCCUCGGCCAGUGUUCUCGAAGAAGUGGACCAGCGUCUAGUGGUCGCUUCACCUCCGCUACUGGAGAAGAUGGCGCUUGCUGGCUUGCAGGAAGUCCCGGUGCCACAGAGAGUUUCAACAAAUCGGAAUGACCAGCCCAGUGCUGUCAACAACUUGAUCUUCUUCUUCGCUCUGACGGUGCAGCUGUUCCAAGACACUGCAAGUUUCCAACUAACAGCUCCGGAUGGCUUCGUCUUCUUUGAGGACUGUUCAGAAGGCUUCGUCGUUGCCGAAGAUUUGGUCUUCGGUAGCGGCCAAGCUUUUCCAAGUGACUUGCACGCGCUGCCUGCCGGCUCUGCUGUCCAGUGCGUUGGCAAGGGGGAGGUGGCGGAAGCGACCCUUGCGCCAGCUCGGCUCGCUGCCAACACGAAGUACGCCUUCCGAAUCCGAGUGAUGAACCCGCCGGUGCCAUCGACACUGAACCCGACCUGGAGCCUCACCUUGGCAAAUGAAGCCAGCGAGCUCUUCGACUCCUUCCCUCUUUGGCAGAUCCAGGGGCUCUUUCUCUCACCGCCCGUGCCAGCGAACCUCUCCUCUGAGACCGAGGUUUUUCCGCAGUCUUGCUUCUUUCAAGCCGCGAGCGCCCUAAACAUGCCGCCGGUACGGGUACGCUUCCGACCACGAAGCGCUUUUCAAGAGUUGCAAAUGGAGGCUCCCGAAGGCUGGACAUUUCUUCCAGAGCUGUACUGCGCUUUUGGCCUCGAUGGAUGGGUCGUGCGCUUCGAUGCUUCCAUUGGUGGCAACACAACUUGCCAAGGGGUGGGCAGGCAAUUGGCAGUGCGCGUUGCCAGCACAGAAGACUCCUGGUCUGGGGUUUCUUUCUACGAGCUCUGGGUCGCAGUAAAGCCUCCGUCUCUCCAGACAGAUGCGGCAGUAUGGCGUCUUCAAACUUUCCGGUUGGAUGUCCCGGCCGAUGCUGAAGUUAUCAGCAGACUCAUUUAUGACGUGGGCAUCGUGCCUGGAGUUCAUGUCCAUCAGCGCAUGGCAAGCUGGGUGGUCAUCAACAGAGGCAAUGAGUACCUCGGUGAUACAAUCCUUGACUUAACUUUCGUCAUCGUUCUGAACAGCCCCGUUCUGGCAGAUGACGAGCUGAUGUUUACUGCUCCGAGUGGCUUCAAGCUUGCGGCGAAUCUGAUGUCUGGUGAAUGCCAGCAGCUUCAAGUGUUCACCGGCGACAUUCCGGAUGCAAGCGGCUGUGGCCACAAUGCCGGACAUCUACUUGCGGUGGCCAGCCACAGUGCUUCUUGUUCAACACGCAGCUUGAUCUUGCACAUUAAUUCUUCGUGGGCAGAAUCUAUCGGAGCCUCCAUCCAGCUAAACCUCCAGGCUGUGAGUGCAUCCGUGCCGCCUGCGGAAGAGGACAAUUUCUGGUCAGCAUCGCUAUGGCGGAAUGCCUCGGUUGUGGAAGGGAGCGAUCUGAUGUCCUGGCGGGUCAUUCCGCAAGUGCAACAGCCAUCGCUGCAGCCAGCCAUUGGCUCCAGGCAAGCUGCUGGGGCAUACCCUGUCCAGCUUGAGUUCUCUUUCGUCACCCGAGCUGCUGCAGAUCGAUGGUGCCUGAAGGCGCUGCAGCCAUCUGCGUUCAACUUCUCGGCUUCGAUGCUGUUAUCGGCGACAGAGGCCAGAUUGCUGCCAGGUGACGCAGGAGUGCAGCUGGCCUUGAGCUCACAGCUUCUCAUUUCGAUUGGAGAAGUGGGCAGCUAUACCUCCAUGCUUCCACAGAGGAAAUAUGUCUUCAUGCUGUCGAACGUGAGAUUGCCAACUCUGGCGGGAAUUGUGUUCUUCGAGGCACACACUUAUGAUUCAUCUGGUGCCUUGAGCAACAGUGGCAAGGCAGUUGAAGCAUUCGCGGUACUUGGGAAAGUGGAGGUUUCAGACCUUCAGGUGUUCCCCUGGCUGCCAGAGACAGUCCAUGAGGCUGCGAGUGCUCUUCUGGGCAGCUUGCCUCCGCGACCUGGGGACCAAGCCUUGGUUCACAUCAGUCUUUGGCUCAACGCGCUUUCUGGCGAAACUCUGCGUGUUUCAGCUGGAGAUUUGCUCUUGAAGGAGAUGUUCCUCAAAGAUGCGCAGUCCAAUAAUCAGCUGAGGACAUCUACAGCGGUAUCUUCUCCCUCUGGCAGCGAUCUCGUCGCAGAGUUCCUGGGCGCUGUGAACGAUGAUGUCAAGCAUGAUUUGGAGGUUCAGCUCGCUCUUCCCGCAGACUUGACAGGCGGAGCAGGCGCUGCUCCGGUGUGGCGCAUCGAAGUGGUGUCGGAUGCCCCCAAUCAGAGUGACGUCGUUUUGAGUACUAAUGAUGGCGACUUUUCCCCUUCGCUGUCGCUCUCCUACGCCUUCCAAGUGUCAAUCUCUCCUGUGGCAGUGGCUCCCAAUUCCGAGGUUGUUCUGAGUGUCAGCAUCGAUCCUAGUGAUGCGCAGAUCACCCAUGUGGAUCUCUUGGCACCGCUUGGGGUCACGUUCCCCACGAAUUGUCUUGCGGCUUCCAGCCGCAGUGUCCUGAGCUGCUCGGCGGAGCAGGCGGAGCAUUAUGCUGGAAGAAUGCAGCUGACCCUUACGCUGACAUUGGCAGCCACCAUGGAACGGUCUGUCAUGGAUGACAUCUCCAUCAAAGCGCAGAAUCCCGCAAGCACCAAUCCUGAUGAAUGGAACCGAUGGCUGGGAAUAGGGCGCUUUGGCCAAGUGGAGGUGGGUUGGGCCGAGAGCGAUUCUGACUACGGAGUUGCAUCGAUGGUGGCGUCGCUGGACUACCCAUCGGAACCUGGAAAUCUGUCUCUGCUGCUUACCGUGGAGGUGUCAUCACGAGCGGUCGCAGACCUUCAGGCAUCUGGAGCUGAAGCUUUGCUUGAGCUGCGGUACCGUGGCAAUUCCUUGGCUGCUGGCACCAGUUCCAUUGGCGAGAAUGUCGGUGCCAACCAAACGCCGGAAACGACGCAGGCAGAACAAGUGCAAUUUCGUUGUGAUCUGGGCGAUCCACCGGAGGACAAUGGAUGGAGGCAGGAAGGUCUCUUUUGGUAUCGGUCGGGCGGUUGGAGUCCACUCACCCUCCCGCCUGCUGCCGACAUGACUAUGCAACCUUGCAGUGCUGCUGGAACGUCAACCAUCGUGUUUCGGAUUACAGACUUGACGCCGGGCACCGUGUCACUGACCAUCGAGGCUGUCCUGAUCUUGCCGGAUGGCGUCAGCUUGGACACAAAUGCAGUCGCUCGCUGGGAUGUGACACUUUCGGCCUCUGGCGGAAGCAUUGUCGACAUGUACCCUGGAUUGGAAGCCAAGGGUUGGUGGGACAACCCGUGGGCUCUCCGCCCUUUGCUUCUGUCCUGGGAGGGUACGAGUUCCCCGGGAGCCAAGGUUCCGGUGCACAUUUUAUUCCGAAAGCAAGAUGGCGAUGCCCCAGGGAUGAUGUGUCUCGAGUCGCCGUCCACGUUUGGGCAAGGAGCAGACUCGGGAGCGGGCUUCGGCAUUUCGAUGGCACAGAACACAGGCGCAAUGACUGAAAGUCUGGGUCUCUUGCCCGAUGGUUGGGCGUGGAUCAAAGAAGCUGAGGUGGAUACCGGUAGCAUUUGCCUUUUGACUGAUGCAGCCAACAUCACGAACUCAGCUUCUGGAACCCGAUUCUCCUUUACCGUCUUGGUAUCCUUGCCAGACAAUAACAACAAUUGGCCCGUUGACAAGUUUUGGCAGUUACGCUUCUGUCGUCUGACAUGUGCCAACUCCUCCAGCGGUGAGGUAGACACUUUCUACAUGUCGGGCUUCUUGCAGGGUGAGGUUUACCCGGGCUGGGAGCCUGUGCAGACCAACGGCAAUGUCGAAGGCCGAAGCACGUGGCUGGGCUUGGUGGCAGCGAUGGGAGCCCUGGUCUUGGGCAUCCAUGUACAAACCUGA